AUGCGUGCGCCGGCGGGGAGGAGGCGGGGCUCCCAGCCUCGCGACGAGGCCGCUCACUUUGUCAUGAGCGAUUUUGCGCCAAGCAACGACCACGCCAUGCUGCUCCAUGGCCAUGGCCGCGACGAAUCCAAGAUCUACCCAGGCCAUCGGGCCGUGUUCUCGGCAAAUCCAAGAGCCGUACAGGGUGGUGGCGCCAACGAAUCACCACGCCAAACGAGGAAUUCAUGUGCACAAGCAAUUUGGAAGAACGACGCUGCUCUCCUCCCGAUGAGUGCAGAGGCAAAACUCUUCUCCCCCGACGGAUACGCUGGAAUCCACAACGUUUCAGACAUGAUCUGCUCGCCGGAAUGGGGCCAUACUGUGCGAGCGCAGGACGAUCAGCACAAGAGCAAGGAGAGUGAUCUUCUCCUCUUCGACUGGCCUGAGCUGGAUGACUUGGAGGAUCUCGACACAGACCUGAGAAAACUCGAUUCGGCGUUUGAGUUAGGGAUCGAUUACUUUGAUCACCCGAUGUGGUCCUCCAUUUGCUCGCCGGACGUUCAGCUCGUGCCGAGCAGCCACUCUGACAACCCCCAUCCGUCCAAUGUUGCGAACGAUCAGCAGCUAUCCUGGAAGAAAGGAAAGGACACGCCACUGAACUCGUCUUCCUCCUCCGUGGAGAUCGAGCAUUUCCCAGGGCUGUCAGACGCCGACCUCCUCUGCCCCUUCGACUUCCAUGACAUGCUCGUCCCAACAUCGUCCAGCGUCAUGUGCAACGACGAGAUCAUCAUGUCUUCCUCCGCUGCUCGCUCCAGCAUCAUGUGCAACGACGAGAGCAUCAUGUCUUCCUCCGCUGCUCGCUCCGGGGCAGACGACCUCGUCUCGGCGUACGUUUCGACGAAGAAUAGUCAGCCGCGUGCGACUCCGGACAUGAUCCUGGACGAGAUGGCCGGGAACCCGCUCGAGAUGUACUUCCCUCCGCUGGCCACGUGCGAGCAGCCUCAGGUGCCGAUGAGUGGCACCGCCUCGACGCUCGCCGGCGACGGUGCUCUGAACGGUGCAGCCAUGCACUCUGGCUCCAAUGGGAGGAGGAGCUCGGGCGGGGUGCGUGAGAACGCUCGGCCAUCGUCUGUUCCGGAAGCGGCGCCGGUGCCGGUGAGGCAUCUCGGGUUCCAGAAGCUUCAGGAAGGCAUGAAUCAGUUGGACGUGGGAACCAAGGCGUGCAUCAGAGACGCCCUGUACCGGCUGGCCUACAGCGUGGAGCAGAGGCAUCAGGCAGUGGAACAGAACGUGGGCUCCUCGGCUGCAAACAGGCUCAGCACAUCGAGCGUGUGGGCGGAGACCGAGAGGAGCGCCAUGGAUCGCUCCGUGGCGCAGCUUCUUCUGCAGAAGCCGCUGGAUCGGAGGACGGCGAAUCGUGCCGCGUGA